AGCUGAGAAACUCGAAAUUUUCGAGGGAUUAUUAGAUAAACGUAUUCAUUGUGCAUAAGAUUAUUUCAUUUAAUACUAAGUUGCGAUAGUUCACUCCGACAAGCAGAAGUGGUUGGUUAUUAUAUCUGAUUACGCACAAAUAUAAUAUAAAUGGAAGCGCUUUCUGUAUGUGUCGUUGGUGCAGGAAUGGCCGGACUUUCUGCCUUAAAAAAUUCUUUGCAAUCUAAUUUGAAUGCAACAUGUUUCGAACAAUCUACCCAUUUGGGUGGUACCUGGUUUUACCAAGAGGAGCAAGAUGUAGCUUUCGGCGAAAAUGUGCAUAGUAGCAUGUAUCGGGACUUACGCACAAAUUUACCCAAGGAGAUAAUGGGCUAUCUAGAUUUUACGUAUUCUAAGCAGUCAAAAGAAUCAUUUAUUAGCUCAGAUGAAGUUCUAAAAUUUUUAAAUUCUUAUGCAGAUCACUUUCACUUACGUGAUCAUAUCAAAUUUCAACAUAAAGUUUUAAGGAUAAGGCCAUACAAAAAUAAAUGGGAGGUCUUGGUAUCGCACAACAUAAGCCAUAGAUGCAAGCAGCAUUUGUUUGAUAGAGUGUUUGUAUGUAACGGCCACUACACUAAGCCGCAAUACCCGAAAACUGUAGGUAUGAGCUGUUAUAAAGGCAUACAAAUGCACAGUCAUUUAUAUCGCACACAAGACAAAUUUAAAGCCCAAAAAGUUUUGAUAAUUGGUGCUGGACCCAGCGGAAUCGAUUUAACCAAUCACAUUAGCAAAGUGGCCAAUUGCGUGUAUUUGAGUCAUCAUUUAUCUAAAAAGCCAAACACCGAUUUCAUGAGGAACGUUAUACAAAAGCCUAAUGUUAAGCAAUUUAUUGAAACAGGAGCCAUCUUUGAAGACAAUAGCUCGGAAGAAUUUGAUAUAGUAGUUUACUGUACCGGUUAUCAAUAUUCUUUCCCUUUUCUUAGCAGUGAAUGUGGUAUCUUUGUGCACAAUAAUCAUGUCCAACCUUUAUACAAGCAUUGCAUAAAUAUCAAUUAUCCGACAAUGGCAAUAAUCGGUCUACCUUACGCUGUAAUACCAUCCCAAGUAUUUGACUUGCAAGUGCGAUUUUCUUUGAAAUUUUUCAAAAAUGAAUUAAAGCUCCCGAGUCGAGAAGAUAUGUUGACCGAAAUGGAGAAAGAUAACGAAGAGCGGCAAAAGGAUGGUUUGCGAGAACGUGAUGCCCAUAGGAUGGGUGCUAAACAGGUAAGUAAGUAAAGCGAAAAAUUGCAAGUGAAUAUAAUAUAUCCUAGCAUUGGGUUAAACUUGAGUAAUCUAGGU